GGGUACCCCCGGGAGUAACUUUUCUUAAAUUUUAAGCCGCCGCGCAUCUCACAAUGAAGCUCUCACCCGUUUCUCUCCGCCACCAAUUCCUCUUCGGAAUCACCGCCGACCCUACUUCCCGCCCCUCCGUAUCCAGACCCGCCUCCAUAGCUCGGCCAUCCCGCGUUCGCAUGUCGCUUCGUGAAGAUGCCCCCUCCGUUGCAAUCGUCGGCGUCACGGGAGCCGUCGGUCAGGAGUUCCUCUCCGUCAUCUCCGAUCGCGACUUCCCGUACAGAUCCCUCAAGCUCCUAGCCAGCAAGCGCUCGGCGGGUAGGAGCCUAACCUUUGAGGGCAGGCAGUAUACUGUUGAAGAGCUAACCGAAGACAGCUUCCAAGGUGUUGACAUUGCCCUGUUCAGCGCCGGUGGGUCUAUCAGCAAGAAGUAUGGCCCAAUUGCGGCUCAGAAUGGGACUGUUGUUGUGGAUAACAGCUCUGCUUUUAGGAUGGAAGAGGGUGUACCGCUUGUGAUCCCAGAGGUUAAUCCAGAGGCCAUGGCGCAUAUCAAGAUUGGAUCUGGGAAGGGAGCUAUAAUUGCCAACCCUAAUUGUUCCACUAUUAUUUGCUUAAUGGCUGCUACACCCCUUCAUCUCCGAGCUAAGGUUAAACGUAUGGUUGUUAGCACUUACCAGGCUGCCAGUGGUGCUGGUGCUGCAGCAAUGGAAGAGCUUGUUCAGCAGACUCGCGAGGUGCUUGAAGGGAAAGAACCAACCUGUAACAUCUUCAAGCAGCAGUAUGCUUUCAACCUUUUCUCACAUAAUGCAUCUAUUCAAUCAAAUGGGUACAAUGAAGAGGAGAUGAAAUUGGUAAAAGAGACGAGGAAGAUAUGGAAUACCAUGGAUGUCAAAGUAACAGCAACAUGUAUCCGAGUUCCUGUUAUGCGUGCUCAUGCUGAGAGUGUCAAUCUUGAGUUUGAGAAACCACUUGAUGAGGAAACUGCAAAGGAUAUUCUUCGUAGCGCACCAGGUGUAGUGGUGAUUGAUGAUCGUGCUGCAAACAGAUUCCCCACACCACUGGAAGUUUCGAACAAAGAUGAUGUUGCAGUUGGGAGGAUACGCCGGGACAUUUCCCAAGACGGCGACUAUGGGUUGGACAUCUUUGUUUGUGGUGAUCAAAUACGUAAGGGAGCUGCCCUCAAUGCCGUUCAAAUUGCAGAGAAGCUGCUGUAAGUUGACUUGACAGCAAGACGAUCAACAAAAUAAAAAAAUUUCUUUUCUAACGGUUCUUAAAGGUCCAGAAAGGGGAUAUUUAUGAGUAUAUACAGAGUAUUCUUUAUCUACCUGUGGGGGUGGUCAAUGUUGUAGCAAUAGCCACAUGGUUUUGCCGAUGAAUGUUUUUGAAGGUGGAUACUAGAUUUUUGUUAUAAAGAUUACGUAAAACUGGAUUUCUUUAAUGGAAGAUUUUGGGGAAUACAUUGGGCUAAUAACUCUAGUGCCUGUGG